AUUUUGAAACUGGUGGACGUUUUCUGUUCCCGUGAUUCAUUAUCACUGGUCACCGAAUUCGUGCCUUAUCACUUGAAUGAUAUCAUUACCGACUCGAGACGUCCGCAAGAUGACGGAUUCCUGAGGUAUCAUUUUACCUUAGAGAACAUCAAACCAGAUCAGUUACCCAAUAUUUCUGUGAAAUCGGUUUUCAUAAAUCAGCAUUUUUUCAAACAAAUCAUCGAAGGUGUGAAGCACAUGCACUCACUUGGCAUAAUGCAUCGGGAUCUGAAACCUGAGAACAUACUGGUCUCAUCGCACAAUAUUGUGAAAAUAGCCGAUUUUGGUCAAGCCUGUCUAUACUUUCCGAACGAGGAUCGCGAAUACGAAGAGAAU